AGGAUGGGAACCUGCUCCUUUAAUCCACAUCUGGAGGAUAUCUACUGAUGCACCUGUUGAUUUAGGAGAACUUCAGUGUUAAACAAUGAACAAAGUCGCUGCGAUGAGAUCUGGGACUCUUCUUCAUUUGAAGGAUGACAGGAGAGCCGAGGAGAGGAGCAGACUGAGCUGUGCAGAUUUACCUCAGAGCAGUUUAACAGACGGACAAAACAAAGAUCUGCUGCGAUGCAAUGACAGCUCUGAAAACAGCUCCACCAUCAAAUACAGAAGAUAUGGGUAUGUACUUUAUGUUUAUGCUGUUUAUACAGCACAAAAACUGCUAGAAAGGUGGUCUUAUUUUGUAUAAUUGCUUUUAUCUGUUCCUAAGAGCAGUUGUAAAUGGAUAGAUUUGUUUAUGAGCCUCAAAAGUGUAUGUUACUUAUUUCUGCUCAAUACACGUUAUGACACUGAAAGCUACAGUCAGGAGUUUUUGACGUACAUGAUAAAGCAAACAAGACCAUCAGCGGUAAGACUGGUAUAUUUUAUCUUGUAAUUCUCAUUGCCUGAAAUCAGUGUGGGAAGGUAGGAGACAGCCAUGCAGCUGGAGAAACAGUCAUUUUUUACAUUUUCCACAUGGAAUAUUCAUAAUAAAUGGCACACUGGACUCUCAGAAGUUAUCAUUUUUUUGUCCAAAGAUUCAGGCAUUGAUGGGUAAAAAGAAGACGUCUUUGUCUUUAGCAGGCAGUAAAAUUAACACAAACCAAAAGUUCCUCACAGGAGCUUCAAUAUCAGCCACAUUGACCUAAGAGGUCUGAAAGUCAGAGUUGCUUUAAAUUAUUAAAACAGCUGUCAGAACUGCAAUUUUAAUGUCUUGCAAUAUGAAGUUGCAUCUGUUUUCAAAAAACUUAAUUUAUCUUUUUUUUUUUUUUCCAUUGAGUGAAUGUGUAUUAAUUUACAUAUCCUGAGCUAUUUUACCAUAAGUUAAGGAGGGGAAAGAUUUUUGAGAUUUGAGUUUCUGAAGCCCUACCAAGUGCAACAAAUGCAGUGUGUAGUAAAAAGAAAAACAGUUCAGAAAACAAAGAUUAAGGAAAAACGUUCCAGGAAUAAACCACUGUAGCUCCAGACACAGAAAUGGCAAACUCAAAAACAUUUAAUAAAACAAAAAUUUAAUCAAAUUAGAAAUCUGAGCCACCUCCUCAACCAACAUUAUUUAAAGAGGAACAAUGUGUGCUGUAAGGUUUGUAGCUGGAAAGUUAUUCAGCAGUUAAAACACAGUCAUUAAGUAUUGUGUAGUUUCACGUAUAAGUAGCGGAUUUGUCUGUUUGUUUGUCUUCCCAAAUCUAUCAGUCAACUUCUGAUUCCCCCAGGUCUCGUGUGGGUGGGGUCAAAGUUCGCCACAAGCGACAGGUGCUUCAGGACAUGGCUCGACCCCUGAAACACUGGCUGUACAAACACCGAGACAACCCCUACCCCACCAAGACAGAGAAGGUGCUGCUGGCUCUGGGCUCACACAUGACACUAGUACAGGUGGGAUGAACUUAAAGCAGCAAUGGAGGGAUUGUAGAUCUUAUUUCAUAUCCUAGAUCUUAGGUACAGUUUAUUUUUUGCAUCUGUAUGUACCAUGUCUAUCUUUUCUGUACUCACUAAGCCCAGAGAAGGAUUAGUGAAGUAACUUGGACUUAAACAGUGACCGCAGAAACGCAUGAGUUAAUUUGUGCAUCUGUGCAGGUGUCCAACUGGUUUGCGAAUGCACGACGGAGGCUGAAGAACACAGUGAGACAACCAGACCUGAGCUGGGCCCUGAGGAUCAAACUUUACAACAAAUAUAUCCAGGGAAACGCUGAGAGGCUGAGCGUGUGCAGCGAUGAAACACACUCAGAAGGUACAUGUUUAAUUGAGUUAACUUUUCAGCCCAUGUUUUGGUUGAAACCGUGGAAAUAGAAUUUGAAACUUAAAACUUAAAAAUAGUUUGUACUUUUCCUAUAUUUACAUGCUUUUGUGAGAGGAACUUGAAGUCUUUUUGUUGUUCUUACAGAUGAAGAGUGUCCCUCACAAGCUCCCAUCAGCCAAUCAGAAUUUGGCAGGUCAUCCUCUCAUAAGAGCGUGCUCCAAAAGCCCGGCAGCGUCCUCGCCAUGGCUGAUUCUGCCAACAGUGAUGACAGCACAUCCCCUCCAUCCAAGUACAAGAGCAGCUUACUAAACCGGUACCUGAACGACAGCCUGCGACACAUGAUGGCAGCGAAGGCCGAUGGCGUCACUUCAACCUGCAGGGGGAGGAGCCACUCUGAGUCGUUCAGCUCCAAUGAAUGCGAUCGAGAUGUUGUCUCCCCGGCAUCUUCGUACGAAACAGAGGCCAACUUUGUCUACCACAUGGGUGAGAAAUACUAGUUUCACCCCACACCAUGUUUAGUUAAAAGAAAGAGCGGAAACUGUUUUCAAUGUAGACUCAGCUUGUGCACUGAGGGAUCAGGAAAACUGGAGUAAACAUUUGUACUGCACACUGAGUGCGACCAUGUAAUGCAAAUACAACAUGUAAGCUAAAAGUGGAGGAAGAUAGAUUAGAGCACCCUCUGUCCGUCCAGAGAAAUCCUAAACAGAUCUUCUAGUUAAUUACAGAUUUAUGUUGGAUUUUAGCUAAAAUGACACUUUAACGACCCUGCUUCCCCUCGGUUCACUUUUAACACACCACAGUGAACAGUUAAAGAAGAACAGACUGUACAAACUUCCACAUGGCUCCUCAGAGCUCCAUGACAUUAAUAAAUCUCUGGCAAUGCACCUAGAGUCAGAAGCUCUGCGAGAUUCAAUUAUAAAGUUACAGCUAAACUUGACACCUGGGUGCCCUUUCAGACCUACAGGGAUCCUAGCCCACUGACAAGCCUCAGAUCCACUCAGGUACAGGAGCCAAACCUUUUACAAACAUUACUAAUAAAGACCCAUGCAGACGCUGAAAUCCCUCAUUUUAAAAUUGGAUAGAGCUCAUUCUGGCUGCCGCUGCUCACCGCAAAUAUCAUUUCCAUAUACGAGAAUGUGCCAUUUGUUCCGCUUCAGCUUCUUGCCAUGGUGGAAAUGUCCAGUCCAGUCUCAAGGACAAUUACAGAACGUCUGAGACUUUAUUCUUCCCCGGGUGAGAAGAGGGAACCAUAGCCAACCGUCGAAAUGGAGCAGUCUGUCAGUACAGUGCUGAGGACGCCUCACAUAGAGGGAGUGUCAGAGCUGCCACUCAGCUGUGAGGAAAGGCAGAACGAGAUCUCUAAUAACCAUCUGAGGCUGAGGCUUUCCUUCACUCUUAUGUGCUUUGGCAGGCGGAUACUCCCAAUGGUGACCCCGCAACUCAAAAUCAAUCCAGGUUUACAUUAUGUCAUAAGAGCUGUGAAAAGAUUUUUGAAACUGAUUUUGCUCUUUAGCAUAACGAAUACAUUUCACCCACACUUAAAAAAACAAUGCAUCAAGUUAAUAUUUUACAACCACUUUCCAGCCAAAUAUUAAAUGCUGCUCCCAGUCUUAAGGUUAGUUUUUACAGUCCGUGACAAAAGUCUGCCUCCAACGGGGACGCUCAGUGUUUUCUUGCAGACUGGUACAAUUUUAUAUCUUAACAAGCUCAAACUUUAGUUCUGAAUCAAAACAGUCAACAAAAAUGGGAAGUACUUUAUAAGGGAUCAGAAUCAGGAAUACUCAAUCUAUGAGGUAACUUCAAGCACUAAAGCUGCUCUUGUACAAAAUGUAAACACAACGAUGUAGGAUUCAUAAAUUAAUGAAAGCUCACAUGAGGCGUCUUUGACUGGUUAUUAAACAGACUGAAACAAAGCACAAAAGCAAACACUAUCUGACACUAGACUGACAAUUUCUAUAUCAUAAUAUUCAUGCCUGUAACUUCAGUGAAGGGGUAGGUACACAGAAAUAACAGCCUGUGUUGCUUUUCCCACCGCAAAUAUUCGCUGUGAGUGAUAAGUUUCCCUUUAAAAAGAAAACAAGAGUAGCUUUUUAGUCAAUUAAAACCCUUUUUCUUUCUAGAAUGACAGAAGUCAGUGAUAAUAUAAGGGUUACCUCUUUGUCCACAAGGGGUGCCAAAAUCAACACAGACAGAAAGUUCCUCACAAGAGCUUUAAAAUAAGUACAACACAUAUAGUAGUAGGCAUAUAUUUUAAUUAUAUGUAUAUGAUAAACAAUAUUCAGAGAGACCAUGAAACAAGUCUAAGUUUGUGUUCUGCCCUCAGAGGAUCAAUAACAUGUAGGUGUUGAACAUAUAAUCUAUGAAAAACAAAAGUUUUCUGACAGGAGUUUGAAGUCUUGAAAUUGUGUAAAUAUUCUACGUUUUCAUCUACUUUGAUGUUAUGGUUGGAUUUUCUUAAGGAUAUCUAAAUUACAAAGUAAAGUGGACUCUGGGUGCAGCAGCUGACAGCUCAGUUUUCCUGUUAGCUCUCUGGCCUGUUCCUCAAGAAAGGAGCCAAACUGGACGGGAUCACUUGUGGAUAAUACUCUAACCCACAGGUGAUUUUACUGAAUUUUCCUCUGGGAGAAAUAAAGUAUCCUGAUUCUGAUUCUGAAUCUGAUUCUGAUUAGCAAGAACUUCAUACAAUCCCAUUUCAUUAAAACCCAAACUAUGCCUUUGGGAACGCUGCUAGGCUGUACAGCUCUUGUGGGGAUUUUCUUUGACAGACUGAUUCAUAUUGAAGCUGCUUUCUGAUAUCCAAAAGCAAACAAGACCAUCAGCGAAAAGAUUGCAGAUUUUUAUACGGUAACUUGUAAUCCCUGAAACUGAUGUAAGAGGGUGGGAGUCAGCUGAAGACAUGGUCCAGCAGCUGAGUGUUGCUAUGAUGGCUCUUGGAUCUAAGGGUUGAGUUCAUAACAGCAUCAACUUGAGUUUAAGCAUUAUUGCAUAUCAAUCAUACACAAGUUUAAGGGAAAAUAAGCUGAAAACAUCUAUGAGGUAUUCAGCCAAAAAAGCAGCUCAACAGCUUAGUUAAUUAAAAGUUUUGCAUUAUAGCUUGGUUAUCCUAUAUCUUAGUAUUUUCAAAUAAACUGAUCAGGAUUUGGGGCAAAAAUUGCUGAUAUGGACCCCUCUGAGUCAAAUACCAUUUUUUUAACAGCAAAAUUAAACAUGUAAACACUUUACAAAAAUAAAGCAUUUGGUCUGAAUUGCUAAUUUCUUUUUACACACAAUCAUUAGAGUUUGACUUUUUUAUAACCUCUAUGUUUUGAUCAAAUUUAGGCCCAGAAUUAUGUAUAAAUUUGCUUAAUUAGGGGAGAUUGAUCAAAAGUUAGGCUGAGUCUGCUUCCCUAAUAUGGCGCCCACCACCCUUUGACUGUUUCUCCACUUUGAAGCUGCUAGAUUGAUUUAGCCAAGCUCUCUGACUUUGGAUGGAGCUGAGCCAGUUGUUACCCUGCUGUAAGUCGUAAUGCUAAGCUGAUUGCUAACUUAGUCGGGAAGUAUCCACAUGGUAUCAAUCUGGCAUCUUUGCAGCUAAAGAAAGCAAACACACAUACAUCCCAAAAUGUUUUACCUCUCCUUCUAACAUGUUAUUGCUCUCUCACUUCAAAUUAUUUCUCUUGGAGUACUUCAGGGUUUCUUGAUGUCAUCAUCACUCCAUGUGGGCAGCUUACAGUGUGGAGAUGUUUGCUCAAACUUUUAAUGUCUCCCUGCUGGUCAUAUUAAGGGUGUUUGUGACCCACUACGGCUGCUCAGUGGAGGUGAAGUGGAAAGUCAAGCUGCCAGAUUCAUGACAAGCACUGACACCAUUAACACGUUUAAACACCGCCCGGGAGACGACUUAAACAGUCACUAAAGCUCCACUGUCGGACUAACAAGUGAUGCCACAACAAGGAAACUUGAAACAUAUCAGUCCGACUCCCACAGACAGUAAAAAUGUUAUAGAGUAGUAUGUGUUAGUUAGAUCACAUUCAAUGUACAGAACAUGUUGACUGGUAUGUACAUGGGACCUGCAACAACUUCAGUAUUUCCUCUGAAAGUCUGGAGAACCAUAAAUGCGACCAGACAUGUUUUUUUAUUGGAAGUAAAGCAGUGAAAAACCUAUCUGGAAAACACCUUGCUGCAGUUUCUGCCGUUUUGUUUCAUAUAAAAAUUCACAUGCUGAGAGGGGACGCUCUUGAUUGCAAAUACACCUCUUUACUGGGGAAAGUGUUUCCUCGGUAUACACUUGUUUUCCUGUGUUGAUCAUAAUGACACACUUGAGAUGACAGACCUUUACUUACUUUAGGUCGUGAAAGGAUUCCUAUCACUCUUAAUGGGUUAUAUGAAUCAGAACUUUUGGCAUAGAUUUUUAUCUUAACUUGUGGUUAUUGCUUUUCUACAAUUUUAUGUUCAAGAUUCAUCCAAGAUUCACUCAAUAUAAACACUCAUAGGAAUUUACAAAGAUUAAUAUGGGACAACUGAUGCUCGCAGUUUUCCAACAAAAAAUGAGGCCAACUUUUUGUAGAUGUUCCCUUUCUCUCAAAAUGUAAUCCUCAGUAGUCUACUUGUUGAACUGAACAAAGUCCCGUGUUGACAUUAAGACAUGUUGGCAAUGUAGUCCGAUUGAAGGAAAAGACGUACUCCAUCUCUCUUUUUCUGCAUCUUCCUAUAUCCUCUCUCUAAACCCAAUGCAGUAGUGGCUGAUGACUGUCUUAGAUGAGUCUGGUUCUGCUCGAGGUUUCUGCCUGUUAAACAGAAGUUUUUUCCUCCCCACUGUCACUUGCUAAAUGCUGCUCAGAGCAUCACUCAUGCAGAUGAAGAUGAGAUCAAAGUAGGUCUGAUUUUACAAGGUGGGGCUCAGGCUUAUCCCAUCUUUAAAUUGAGACUUUGUAAAUAGAGUUAAGACUAGUUUUUUUUGUCAUUAGAUUCUUGGGAUAACACUUGUUAUGAAAUAGUGCUAUAUUAAUAAAGAUUGGUUGUUUGAUGUUGACUUUUAAUGUUUGUUAGCUGUUUUUAAGCAAAAGCUGGCAAGAAAGGUUUAUAAAAUCAUAGUUUUGGGUACCAUUUCCCCUGUUGUAUGUGAUGUUUGACUCAACUGUCAGCUGAAAGUGUCUAAAUUGAACAUCACUUAUAGUUUAGUGAGAGCUAGAAUGGUUGUUUGGUGAAUUCUGUAACCAUUUGAAAGAAGCAUGCCAGCUUUUUCCUUGUUUUUGCUACACUUAGCUUACCAGCUGCUUGUUGUGUAUCUAUUUACAUCCCAUAGACGCAAAGGAGGUAUUAAAAUACUCAUCUUACUCUAUGAGAAAGGGCUUCUUGAAUUUCAGAAGUACAAGCAGACUCUAAUAUCUCUAGCAGCCAGCUUCAUUACGCCUUAUAAAUUUAGUUGAAUCCUAUCCCUGCCAUAAAUUUGAGACUCACCAGAGUUAGAAUAAUGUUUUUUUCUUGGUAAUAAAAACACAACAGAGGUACUAAAGUACUUUCUUGGCAGAUUGUCAUGCAGCCAAAGAGAGAAAUUCUCAGUAGCAAAAUAGCAUAGAACAGCAGCAUGAUUUAUUAUCAAUAAGUAGUUGCUUUUGGCCCCAGCUGGGCUAAAGAAAUCAGAGACAGGGAUGUUUUGGACUGUUAGCGUUGAAAGACUGCGUUUGACAGAAGGCCUUUAAUUUCCCCGUCUGAUGUUGCUUAAGAUAAAAUCCACUUUGACCAUUUUCUAUCUGCUCCGAUGAAUGAGGCUGUGUCCCAAAGCCCAAAUGGAAAAUAUGUUUUAUAUAUAACACACGUUUAUGCACUGACCUCAAACAGAAAUUGCACAAGUACGAUAAUAUUACUCGAAAGUCUUACACUGCUCCUGCUGCAGAUGCAGACAGAGAUAUUGUAAGCUCACUACAAGGCAGGGGACCUGUCCUUUCUUCAAAUAUCCCCCAACGAGACACGUAACUAAGUGCUUUUCAGGCCUUUGUUAAAAAAAUGGAGACUGCUUUUGGAAAUAAAUAUUACAUUCAGUGGAUUUUACAGGUACUAGCACAGAAACAGCAUGAGAGCAAAUGACACGCUGCAGAUAUCAGAUUUUUUUCCUCAUGAAAGCUCCAGAAAAAACACACUGUUGUGUUUGUUUUGGAAAGAGUAGCUGAGCAAAGACUUCACUGAGUCAGAUGUUUCUGGCAAUGUAAGAAGGCGUACCAGACAUGAAGUAACUCUAUACGCUAAAUGCACUAACAUGCAGAGAUGCACACACAAACUCUUACACAUAAUAUUAUAAAGCAAUUUGUGACCUACAGCCAAAUCCAGCCUCCAUUAUACUUUGAAUAUAUUCUGUGAUUCACUGCUAUCAAGUGAACUGAUUGCAUAUUAAUGCAUCUUUUCCCUCUGUCUCGCAGAUACAAUGGACUAUUCUUCAACUAGAUGUGACAGGUGAGUGUUGUUUCAAAAUCAAAUCAGCUGUUUGCACUUUUCAACUUUCAUCAGCAUGAAGAGUAAUACCUUUCACAAUCUAUUUGGGAUUUUGUUCUUGAAAGUGAGCCUCCACCUCUGAUUCAUCUCGUUGGCUUUGAAUCAAAAUUAUUCCUGCCCAGGAUUCCUACAACAUCUCUUUUGACAUUUUGAUUCAUGCUCACUGCCCUCUCGACCACCCUCUCUGGGGUGCUUUUUUUUUCCCUGUCUAUUUUCAUGUAGUCUUAUUCCUACUCUUUUCCUUCCUUCUUUCUUCUCCCCUUUCUUUCUCUUACUCCUGCCUCCUCCCAUUUAAUUCUCUGCCUCAACUCUUCCUCCCUUUAACAUGCACUGUCCCUGCACUAGAUUUAAACCCAGAUCAUUUCUUUCAAAGUCAGGCGCCCUACCAAACACAUGACACACUUCUGGGUCUGGUUCUAUAUCCCCUGGUUCCUGAUGAUUUGAUGUGUAUUUUAGAAGCCAAUCAAAAUAAGAGGCAUAUGAGGUGUGGCUGUCCUGUAUUGUGUUAUUUUGUUUGCUGUAUUCUUGUCCCAGCAGCAAUAAAUAUUAAGGCCCAUUAAGUGUAAAAAGGAAAAAUGGAAAAAUCAGUAUUCAUUUGAUCAAAACAAUCGAAGUACUGUGCUUAUCACAUUUAAAGGGAUAUUCCGGCAUAAAAUUAAUUUAGGGUCAAACACACCAUAACAGUUAGACACCCCCUCGAGAGAUGAAUGUUGCCAGCCGCUUGCUUCUCUAGUUAUACCAACUUUAGUAAGAACAAUAGCAAUACACAGUGGUCUAUGGGACCACACACAAACCUCAACCAAAAAAACACUCUAUAGCCACAAAUAAUGCUCAGAACAGCACCUAACUUCAUCAACAGUACAUAAAGGGUCCUAGCCACAGCACUAGCCACCAAACAUCUUUUUAGCUUUACCUAAUUUCUUUAGAUAAGAGACCAAACACAACUCACCCACUCUCUUCCAGCAGCCGCUUGGUUGUGGCGAAACCUCAGGCGAGUCCAUUACGGACUGCUGCAGGGUGACACAACUCAAGAAGAACAUUUAUGAUAAUUACUUCAUGGAAAUGCAAUCAGACCGAGAUGUUAAGGCAGAAGAACUACUGUGUCUGCAGUGCAAUAUGGCGAUUAUUACUUCAAGGAAAUGAUCAAAUAAUGAUCAUAAAUGUUCUUCAUUGAGAUGCAUCACCCUGCAGCAGUCCGCAAUGGACUCGCCUGGAGGUCUCACUACAAACAAGUGGCUGCUGGAAGACAGUGGGUGAGUUGUGUUAAGUCUCUUUGCUAAAGAAAUCAGGCAAAGCUAAAAAGAUGUUUGGUGGCUAGUGCUGUGGCUAGGACCGUAUAUGUAUUGUUGAUGAAGUUAGGUGCUGUUCUGAGCAUUAUUUGUGGCUAUAGAGUGUUUUUUUGGUUGAGGUUUGUGUGUGGUCCCAUAGACCACUGUAUAUUGCUAUUGUGCAGGUCGGCAACAUUCAUCUCUUGAGGGGGGUGUCUAACUUGGUGUUAUGGUGUGUUUGACCCUAAAUUAAUUUUACGCCGGAAUAUUCCUUUUAUAAUAAAAUUCAUUUCUUGCUGAUUUUCUUUUUCAGUAUCCAGCAGCAAGAACAAGUCCAGCAGAAACCGGUCAGUCAGGGCUGGCGGGAGAUCCAUGCCGCCGUCGCUUUGACCAACUUGGCCCAGGGUCCGAGCUGCACCGCAGACCAGAGCUGUGUUACCAUGCCAGGCGCUGUCACAGGGCAGAGCUGCACCAGAAAGCCUUUCUCAUUUACCAGGACCACUAUCAUGGACAGCAUGUAUGCCACGAGACCUACUACUGCUCUGAGGCAGAGCUGCACCAAGGGGCCUGCUUUUACCAGCCGCAUCAUCCAGAGGUCCUCUCACAUCUCUGAGGUCCAGACCGUGAACGUGGCACUACCUAACAGUGUUUAGGCAUUUCAGUUAAGCAUCUGGUCCAAGAACAUUGUCCAAGAACAUCAGGAAUACCAGAUGGUUAAGUGCCUUGAAAUUCAUGUACAGCCCCCUGUUAUUUUUUUAAGCUGAUAAACUUUGACAUGUUCAACACUUUUUAUGUUCUAAAAUGGAAAAACCAACCAAACAGUGUAAUUUUUUAUUUUUUGUAAUGUUUCUAAUGUCUUCUUGUCUGUCUGUUGCAGUAAGUUAUAUUAACUUCAUGAGACUGGAUAAUCAUCCAAUGCCAAAGUUUGACAGCA